UGGUGAAUUAUUUUUGCAGAGAAAUCAGUGUGGUCAAGCGUAGAAUCGGACAUGCCUGUGCUGUCAGUCGACUUCAAGAAAAUGGAAGAACUGUUCUGCCAGGCGCCUCCCCCCAAGAAAUCGUCGGCGGCAAUCGUCAAGAAGCCGCAAUCGCCCACAAUCAACAAUCGCCAAUCAUCGACGUCAAUCGUUAAUCUGCUGGACGACAAGCGCAGUUUUGCCGUCAACAUUUUCCUCAGACAGGUGAAGCCAAACGUCGAUUCGCUGAUUGAGGCGAUCAGAAGCGGGUCUGGAGUACAGACUGAGAAUUUGAGGGCUCUGAAACGAUUACUGCCCGAGAAACAGGAGCUAGCUGACAUAAAAGCGCACGCCAAAGACGACAACCUGGGAGAGGCUGAACAGUUUUUCCUGCGCCUGUCGGGUAUCCCCGACUACGAGCUGACCAUCCAAGCCAUGCUGCACAAGGAAGAAUUCGCGGAACGUUUCAGCGACGCCACAUCUCAACUGGACAACGUGCUCAGUCUAUGUGACUUUCUCAUCAACGACGCCAGCCUCAAGCAGUUUAUGACACUUGUACUGCAGCUUGGAAACUAUCUUAAUGCUGUGAGUAGCGUAGGAAAAUUUAGGGAAUGUUGUUUUUCACAGAAAAGAAAUAAAUUAUUGACAGAAGACAUGAAUGGUAGAGAGAUAACAUGAGUGGUACAGAGGUAA